UUAUCGAUCGAAUUUCUCGAAUAGUCUCUGACCCUUUUAAUUCCUCUCUUCCCCUCUUCUACUGUUUUGGUUUAUUUAUCUGGUCUUGAGCUUGGAUUCUAAGUUUGGUUUCCACAAUUGGCCACUUUGUAGCAACACUCUGCAUAUAUAUCAGAGCCCCAGUCCACUUACACACUCACCUGCGUAACAUAUUGCCCCUGCUGCUCUGGUAUCACACAUAAGUGUCGCCUCGUUAUCAGAUCUCUCGAAAUGGAUAGUGGGAUGCCAACACCUCCCGUGGAGGACAAUAUCAAACCUUCGACGUCGUCGAGGAGGAGUACAACUUUUAGUAAUAAGGUAGUCAAGCCUAUACAUCGAGGCGGAAAGCGAGCAGCUAGCCAUUCCUCACAUUCUCCCACUCACGACCACCCGCCGCCUCUAUCACCACAUGCUGUCGACAACAGGCAUAAGCGAGUUUGGAAGGCGUGUGAAAGAUGUAGAAUGAAGAAAACCAAGUGUGACGGAGAGUUCCCGUGUAAGAGGUGUAAGGACGAUGGUUUGGUAUGCACAGCAGGUACACGAAAGAAGACCGAGUACAAGCAAUUACCUAGAGGAUAUGCCGAGGUUUUGGAAAAUACCCAAUUCGCUUUAAUUGCUACAGUCCACAAGUUGUAUGCUAUGGUCAGGAAUGGCCAACCUUGGGAUUUAGGGGAGCCAGAGCUCAAUGAUAGGGGUCAACCUGUCAUCCAUAACAUCGCGACCAAGCUCGGGUGCAUCCGACCUAACGCAGACGCCGACCUCCCACCUCACUCGGUCUUCCCCGAGGACGAAGCGGGACUAGCAAGGUUGGCAGCCGAAUUAGAUGUCCAGCAAAGAGAGAGGGAAAAGGAGACACAUACUACGGAACACCGAUCGGAGACGGAGUCGAAUUGUACGAGAACGGACCGGGCAAGCUCUUCGGAGCUCGAUCAUUCAGACUUCGAGCAAGAUUAUAGGAAGGCGAUAUUAGGUAACCAAAACUUGCAAACCAUGUCGCCACAGAGCUUUACGUCGUACGAUGUUGACGUGAAGACUAUGCAAUCCGAUGUCGAGUCGAGGAGUCUUUUCGCUGUCCAAUCGCCUUCUGUCCCCACAACUUACCCAGCGUGGAAUAUGAGCAGACCGAGUUCUAUGGACUUAACACCGCAAUACAUGCAGGGUAUGGAUAUGGACAUGGCAGAAAUGAUGCUCAGCCAAGGGCUAGUCGAAUCCGAAUUUGGGACGAUCAAGCCUCAUAUGAUACAAUGUCCGAAUCCAGAAGUUAUGUUAGGAGUCGGAGAUCCGAUGAUCUAUUCCGGGUACAAUAUGGAAUCAUUACGAUCAUGAUGAGGAUUUUGGUUAUACAGGAGUAUCUUAGGAAUAUCUCGCAACACCUCGGGAAGAGGGGGGGUUCCGGAAUUCUCUUCAACACUUGCACAUAAUUGCACGGCG